AUGGCUCGUACCAAGCAGACAGCACGUAAAUCCACCGGAGGAAAGGCUCCCCGCAAACAGCUGGCCACCAAGGCAGCCCGGAAGAGCGCUCCCGCUACCGGAGGAGUGAAGAAGCCACAUCGCUACCGCCCUGGCACGGUGGCACUCCGAGAAAUCCGCCGCUACCAGAAAUCGACCGAGCUGCUCAUUCGCAAGCUGCCCUUCCAACGGUUGGUCCGCGAGAUUGCCCAGGACUUCAAGACGGAUUUGCGCUUCCAGAGCUCGGCUGUUAUGGCUUUGCAGGAAGCCAGCGAGGCCUACCUGGUGGGACUCUUCGAGGAUACCAACUUGUGCGCAAUCCACGCCAAGCGAGUGACCAUUAUGCCAAAGGAUAUUCAGCUGGCACGUCGCAUCCGUGGCGAGCGAGCUUAAUCAGGCAAAUUGAAUUUAUUUUACAACCAGAAACAAAAUAUCGUUUUCUUUUUCAGGUACUUUUUUGCAAAUGGUCCUUUUAAGGACCCCGAUUUAAUGAGCAUAAAAAGAGUUAUUUUUAAAUAAUAAUCGCCUUUCCUAAAACGGAAAUUGA